UUCAUCCUCCAAACAAUAUUUUUAUUUAAAAAGAAUACAAGUCUUAACAUAUUCGGUAUAAAAAUAUUAUAUAAAAAAUAACCUAACAGUAGCAACUACUCGGAUGUUUGGCGCUUCGAUUGUACUCACUUCCGCGCUAUCACAAAUCGCUUCGUUUCCAACGUUCAUCUCGCGUCUUUUCUCGGACUUAGACAGUUGUUGUCCGUACACUGUUAUUGCAGCAUUUGGUAAAAAAAAGAGCAACGUUGGGCUUAAAAACCAGUCGCUCAGGUCACUCAGUUUUUCUUAUAGUUAAACUUAACGCUACGGGGGUAGUAGGGGGGGACUAUAUAUAUACAUUGGGUGAUGCAUUAUUUACAGGGGGGUAGGCGCUAUUUGUCAGCGUUGCUUCUCUAAGGAUUGGGCCCAUCCUAUAUUUGCGCUUCUUUGAUCCUCUUUCCUUGAUCCUCUUGCUCUGUCAAGAACUUCUUAAGACUUUAAAGGCUGGUUCAGACACGGCUAGUAAUUUAGUCGAGUGGGGAGUAACUACUUACUACUAAACCGUUUAGCGCAUAGAAAAGUGUACGGACUAGUUCAGUUGAGCUUUGGAAAUUGAGAGUACAAGGCACAUCGCUUGACUAAAGAAAUGGGUCCGAACAGGUCUGUUCGGAAGCCUAGUUAGUGGUGGGGGAAGCCUACUCGACUAGAAAAAUCCAAUGAAAGGGAUCUACUCGACUAAACCAUUUUACUAAACUACUCGACUAAACUGUAGUGUCCAUACACUAAACUACUCGCUACUCGACUAAACUACUAGCGGUGUCUGAACCAGCUUAUGAGCGCUGUUUUCAUCCGUUCGGUUAGUUUGUGAGCGCUCACAUGAAAAUGAUUACAGUCGUCCACUUUAGGUGUUGUAAGCGAAAAUGGAAGAAAAGAAUAAAUUAAUCUGUGAAAUAUUUGCGCAAGCAUUAAUUUUAUUGGAUUUGAUUGAAGAUGAAAAAUAUCGAAAUUUUUCAUUAGAAAAGUUGGAAGAAAUGUGUAUAUUUCUGGCUAGCCCUAAACCGAAAACAAUAACUCGAUUAAAAAAUUUUGUAGAAGAAAUUAUUCCAAAUUACAAUAAUAAACAAUUUAAAGAGCAUUUUAGCUUUUGCUUUGGAAAGAAAGCGUUUGAUAGCGCCUACGCUUUUGCCGCCCUACCUGGAUGGAAUAAGCAUUCGUGAGCACAAGUUAUCCGUGAGCGCUUAUAGCGUCAAAGAGAUAACGUCAUAACUUGUGCUUACGAAUUCAGCGCGUAACGCAAAGCGAACGCAGCCCCAGAGUUCUGCAAGAUACGUAGGUGUGUAGAACACGAGGCAGCGAGCUGCGAGACAAAGUGUUGAAUUUAAAUAGUAACGGUAUUAAAGACUUGCGAAAACGUACAAAUUCAUGUUUCGCAAUAGUUUAAACAAUCAUAUUGUUAAAGACUGGAACAAACAGAUUAAUCGGUAUUUGUGUUAGUGUAAUAUAGUUUAGUAUAGAUAAAAUAAUAUAUUCAGCUUUACUUUCUCUUUUCUUUAAUAUACGGACUAUUUUCAUUUACUCUCCUUAUCAUUAUACGCUAGUUUGGGUAUAUUCUCGGGUUUCCGACCGGUCCGUUGAGUACAUGCGCAUUAGCCUAGACUAUAAGUAUAUGUAUAACUGAAACACAGUCAUAUGCGCAAAAACGAGCGAAAACUCGUUAUCUAAUUGUAAGUAGUAAGUGCGGUCUGCAGAAAAGAAAGACAAAGCAAAUCCGCAACAGCUAAUUAUUCACUCUCUAUUUAAAAAUUUGUCGUUGGGUGAUGUCUCAAGAGCUUUUUAAACGCAUUUCAGCUUGGAUAGGUAAAAACCUAGAAAUUUUAUAAAGACAUACGGUGCACAUAGUGCAAAAAAUUAAACAAUAAUAUGCCAAAUACAAGUUUGCUUGUCAUUUUAAUCUGCACAGAUUGCGAAGUUAAAUAAAAUAGCUUCAUUACCACGACGUGUAUAACAAUGUUACAAAAAAUAGUAUCAUAGAAUUCAAUAGGAUAAUUCCUAGAAAAUUGCUAGUCUACAGAAGGCCGAAUCGUGUUAGCUAUUUAGAUAUAGAAAGUAAGCUAAAUUUUUACAAGGAAAAAACAGCAAUUGAUUAAAAGAGAGCGCCGAACGAAGCAACUUAAUUGGUUUACUAUUUCAACCACCAUAACUAAAUCAACAAAUUUUAGGGAAAACAUUGUGUCUUGAAGACUUUAUUUACCGAUAUAUAAAAAUUUUUUCUCUUGCAACUUUUCAAAAAACAAAACAUCUUAAAUUAAGAAUAUUGAUUCUUUAUAGGGGGGAUAUUAUUGCAUGUAGGAAGUUUUAAUAGUCAGCAGGUAAGACAGAAUAUGGUGUCUUCUUCGAUUCAUUCCUCUGAUGAGGAGUACUAUGAAGCCAGUAAUAAUAUCAGUACGGUUGAGAGAUCUUCUAUAUCUUGCGAAAGUGAUUCUGAUCUGGAGUCUAUUCCUACUGUGUCACAUUUUAAGCAGCAUAUCUGGAAACGUAGUCAGCAUAUAGAAGUUGAUAAUAUUCGGCAAAGAGAUCUUGAUCAAAACAAAGAAGGAAUAAGAAAGAUAUUUAACCAAGAUAAAAAACAAUACAUAAAGGAAAAGUUAGAAGAUGGUAACUUAGUACACUCAGGUAAACUUUCUUGUGGUAGUAUACAUAUCAAAAUACAUGGUUCAGGAAGUUUAUUAACUUCUAACCAAGAUAAUUUUGUUGCGAGAAUAAGAGUUCACAACCAAGAAAGGUUAGAUUUUACUAAACCUUUCAUCGAUGUUAAGAGAAAACUUUCUGAAAAGCUUGUAAUAACUGAAAUUCUAAAAGAUGAAUUAUUAAAUAAAAGAAAUGAAAUUUAUUCUAAUUUUAAGAAAUUCUUGCUAGAUAGAAGCAAUAAAACUGCAGAUAAUCUUGAAUGUGCAGAAGAUCUUUUACAAUUUUCUAUCAUACUAGGAAAAUAUAAGAAACUAAAAGAUUUAGAUACUUCAAUAUUAAUUAAUAUAGCUAACAAUAACUACAUCUCAACUGAAUUUAAAGAUGUUACUCAAGGCUUGUUAAAUAUAGAAACAGCUUUGCACAGGAGAAACAAGAAUUUUCCUAGAUUCGAUGAUUUUGCUAAGCCCAGCAUAAAGAAUUUAUUAGGAGAAUUACAAGAAAUUUGUAACGAGUUAAUAGAGUGUCACAGGAAGUCCUUACGUGAUAAAUAUUCUUCCUAUGGUUCCCAACUAGCCUAUUUAAUAAUUUCCAAUAUAGAUGCACUGACUGAACAACAAGCACUUCAUAUAAGUAACAAAGAUAUAAAUUUAUUUUCUGACCUUGCUAAUGCAAUGGAUGAGCAACUUUUCUCAGAAUUUUUAGAUAAUUUGCAGGAUUCUUUAUUUAGAAGGGUAAAUGAAAGAAGAAUGUACAAUUCACUGAAGGAUUUUGCGCCUUUAAGUCAUCCUAUUUAUUUUUAUCUUUGUAAGAGCUUUCAAGAGUUAAUUUUAGAGAUUAGUGGUAAAACAGAUAUUUCUGUUAAUGAUUUGCUUAAAAAAAAUGAACAGGGUAAAUGGGACUUGAUGAAAACUAUAAAUUGGCCAUCAACUUCCUCUCUAAACCACUCUCUUGAGCAGCAAUAUCGCUUCAUCUUUAAGCUAAUGAAACAUUUUAAGCCUGGUUAUUAUUCUAGCGAGAAAAAUUUUGAAUACAAAUUUAAGUUAUUACAAAAUUUUGAUGACAAAACAUUAUGGCAACGUACUAAGAGCUUAUUUAAUAGCAGUAAUGCGCCGCUAUUCGUAUCUCAGGACCGUUUAGUAUGGGUAUAUAUUCUUGACAACGCAAUUGCUAAUUUACUUUCCAAAGAAGAAUUAAAGUCAUUUGAACCUCUCAUACAAGGCUAUACGAAUUUUGUUAAAAACGCAGAAAGUGAUCACUAUGAGUCAUUUCGAAUAGCAACACACAAUGUUAUAAGAUUUAUAGCACAAACAAGUCCUUAUCUCUCAAAGGGGGUUUCAGAAACUAUUUUAACAAAACAAAUAGAAUCUAUUAAACAGGCAUUUUCAGGUGAGCAGUCUGAUAAUUUUAGAGACUUAGUAGAUGUGUAUAAUGAAUAUUGGAAGAAUAGACAAUCUAUUUUAGAAAAAAUUCCUGAUAAAUUUCCUUAUGGGAAGUUCAAGGAAAACAUGGAAAAAAUAUGUCAAACACUACUUGAUAUUGCAAGUACUGCACUUGAUAAAAAAGCAAAAUCACAAGGAUUCAUUAAGUACUUUAGAUCGUUUAAUGAAUUUUUAGAAGAUUUAAAUGAUAUAGAGUUUAGUUGGUUUAUUAAAAAAGAUGACAUUAAUGGCUUUACUGAAGUAGAGUUAGUCAAUGCAGAUAAAGAUUCAUAUAAAGUUUUAAAUCCUGAAAAUUUCAUUAAUAAAAAUUGUCAAAAGAUCCCUAAUCAUUACAUUAUUGAAAUCACUCAAAAUCUAUUAAAUAGAGUAAGUGAUUUACUUAGACAAAAGAAAUGGUCUGAUGACGAUAAUUUAAGUGCGGCAAGUGAGUUACUAUCAGCAAUUAAGAAAUCUUUUCUUUAUCUCAAGGAACAACCUAAUUACAGGUCUUUCUAUACAUUCGAACAAGAAAGUACAAAGCCGUUUACUUCUGCGGUAGAGAAUAGCAGCUCUUAUGAGGAUUUUAAAAAACGAAUUGGUAUUAUAGGGGAAUCUUUUUGGUAUUUAAGAAAACAAGAUGAGAUUGAUAUAGAAAAAGCUUUAAUUCUAUACAGAAAAGACAACGAUAAUAGCACAGAGGAGAUACUAAAAACCUGUUAUAACAAAUACUUAGAAAAAUUUAAGUUUUAUAUAGACGAAACUGUAAAUAAGAGCUUUGAAAAAAAAAUUAAAUUUAUUACUGAAGAAGUCAAGAAGCAGUCAAAACAAAUUAAAAUUAAUGAAUGGAACUCAAAAUUCAAGAGAGAAACUCUACCAGAACUUCUUGCUGGGCUAGCUGCUGUGUGGUCCAUACAAGAAUCAAUAGAUAUUGCAAGUACAGGAAAAAGCUUAAAGCCGCAUUGCAUUCAAAUAUUAAGCAUUUUGCGUUUGUUAAGUGUUGAUAAAGACUCUAAAGGUGUUGAUAAGCAUCUUGCUCAAGUCUUAACAGGGCAAGGGAAAUCGCUUGUACUAGGGUUACUAUCGUCACUAUUAGCAUUGACGGGUCAUAAGGUCAGGACUGUUUGUUACAGUGAAUACUUAGCAACUCGAGAUCAACAAGAUUUUGACAGCUUUUUUAAGAAUUUUGGUAUUCGUGAUAAGAUAACUUAUGGUACAUUUGAGGAGAUGGCAAAUGAAGUGAUAAUGCCUGAGGUAAAUGGCAAGAAACAAGGUUUAAGAGAAUUAGUUGAAGGUUGUAUUUUAAAUCACAGCUCGGAACAAACUGGACAGAUAAAACAAGGGGAUAUCAAUAACAGUAUUUUAUUAAUAGACGAAGUAGACGUUUUCUUUUCUGAUCAAUUCUAUGGGAGUACUUAUGGUGCAUGUAACACUAUACAUAUUCCAGGACUAGAUAGUAUUCAGGAAAAAAUAUGGGAAAUGGCCAGCAAAAGUUAUGAAAAAAGUACUAUUUUGAUAGAGUUGGGAGAAUUUAUUAAUAAAAAGAUAGGAGAAAGAAACCAACAUUUUAAAGAAUUUAAUAAAUUUCUGUUUAAACCUAAAACAUACUAUCUUUUGGGAGAAAACGAAGAUAAUGUGGUUAUUAAAAAAGAAUAUAAAAAUAAAUCCCUCUACGAAGAGCAUCUCGAAAAAAUGGUCAAUUGUGCAAUAGAUGUUGCAAAUGGAAGUGAUAAAGAUUGGUACAUUAAUAAGUAUAAAAUUAAUGAUGAUGGAAUCAUAAGCUACAGAAAAGACAAUGGAAUUUAUUCCAUUUACACUUACUCUGGUUACUAUAACAUAUUUAAUUAUUUUAGGUUAAAGAAAAAAGACUUUGAUAGUAAAAAUUACGGUUAUUUGAAUAUAAGCUGUGGCAAAGUGUCUUAUGCAAAAUUGCCUAAGGAAUAUCCUCUUAUCUUAGGAGUAAGUGGUACCUUAACUGCGUUAGAUGCUUAUGAGAAAAAAGCGGUAGAGGAAUCUUAUAACAUCAGUAAGAAGUCUAUAAUGCCAUCUUUUUUUGGUGACUCCCAUUUAAACUUUGAUUCGAGUCGAAAUUUUAUAUCUCAAGAUUCAGAAGAAAAAUGGCUUAAUAAAAUUUUCAAUCAUACAAUUUCCAAUAUUAGCUCAGGACGAUCAGUAUUAAUAUUUUUUGAUACAGAUGUUGAAAUAGAUAAAUUUAAAAAAAAAUUCCUCGGUAAAUUUGAUCGUUUACAUACAUUAACAGAAAAUACGAAAGGGCUGGCCAAAGAGAAGUACAUUGAUGAGGCAGGCAUUACAAAAACAGUAACACUAGCAACAAGAGGUAUGGGUCGUGGUGUUGAUUUCAAGUCUAGUGUUGCUGUAGAAAAGAGUGGCGGAGUGCAUGUUAUACAGACAUUCUUUUCACUUGAUAUAAAAGAGGAAAUACAGAUUAAGGGAAGAACUGCACGUAAGGAUAAUAAGGGUAGUUAUGAGUUAAUACUCUGUAAAGAACAUUUGAUAAAUGCUAGAUUUCUGGAAGGAGAAGAAGCUGUUGUUAAUUAUGAUAGCUUGAGUAAAUCCAGAGAACAAAAAAUAAAAACGAAAGGCUCAAAUAAUGAAAAGAGAAUUGAAAAAUCAGAAAGUAACCAUAACACAACGAUGGAUUUUUUGGAAUCUUUUUUUUCAAAAAGAAUGUAGCACUAAUAUUGAGCAGCCAUCUGUGGAACCAGCAGUAAGUAGACAAUAGAAUAGGUAGGAGUUUCAUAUGUUUAUUAGGGAUAAUAUUAUAAUAUAUAAAAA